GGUUCAGCGGUUAUUUAACAUUCACAAAAGGUGUCCAUGGUGUUCAUGAUGUGACGUGUAUGUCUGUGAGCUCUAUAUGGGCAUAUAGCACUGACCUUAACUGGCUAUUUCCGGCCAACGAUUACAACCUUUAUUGCAUUGGGCUGCAAUAAAAUUCCGCAACAAGCAAGACACUUCCGCUCUGAGAUGAUAUAAAGAAGCCUGACUAUUACCUUAUGAAUAGCAGUAUUCGUCACAGUUUAGAAGUGUAUUGCUUUUCUUCAUUGAGACUAGCUUUGGACAGCAAAUGUGUAUAAUUUGCUUGUUAAUUCAACAGAGUUAAAUAAUCCAACGCUAAUUUCCAGCGAGAUAAAUCUGUUAUCUGUAUUCGUCGACGUUUGGUAUACCAUUUGAAAGACGGAUUCGCUAACGACGCAAAGAUGCAGAUUGCGUUGUACAUACUGAUUUCCGCUGCUCAGAGCAUAUUUUUAUUGGAUUGCGUGGAUAGUACUACAGGAAAUCAGGCGUGUACUGCAGUGAUGUCUUAUGAAUGCGAGCCUUGCCUUAACUGCUCCGAAGAGAAUCAGUCUAUUCUCCCUGUGGGCGUGUCUGUGAUACUUACUAAUAACAUGGAUGUAAUGAAGGAUUUGAAGACGAUGGAGAAGAUGUUGGAUUUGGAAUCAGAUAAACUGAUGAUGGAGGAGAUUAACAACUUGAAGGUGGAGGUAACGCUGCUGGCAAGAAAACAAGAAUGGAGGAGUGAAAAAGGAAGGGCUUUAUUAACAAAAAACAGUUUGUCUUUUAAAAGCUACGGUGGUUAUUUCGGGAUAUUUUUCUCCAGGAAGGGAAUUUGUUACAAACGACUGUGUGGCACUUUUGGGACUUUAUCAAAUCGAGAUGCGCAUUUUCAGCAAGAUGGUGCUGGUAGAAUAUUAAUAAUAGCAAUUCUCGGAGCCAAGCUGGUGACGCUACUACAUCUUGUUCUGAGUCUCAGAUAUAAAACAAAAAGCGAAGUUAUUAGUAAAGCAAAUAAAACAAAAACGAGGAGAGACCCUCUCCAAGAAUGGAGUGAGGUUACUUACAGGAUCACAAUGAUCUUAUUCUAGCGGGAAAACGAAUCGAACUUUUUUGUACAAAAACUAUAGCAGCUCAUCCUGUAUGCAGCUGCAUGACAAUAUGAAUUUUUUUGCAGAUAAAUAUCGAGAUGUCUUAAAUUUGAAUGAUCGUUUGGAUUAUGCAUCCUAUGAUACUGAAGAUUUCUCAGUUGAAAACCACGCUGCAACACAUGAAGUGUCGCAUUUAAGUGGAUCAUUAUCGCCCACUGAAAACUCCUGGGGUGAAGAUUUCUUACUUCUAAACCCUGCUGUAGUACAAAAAAUUCUGGACGAAAUUCCAGAGGAAAUUCUAUCGUCCACUGAGAACCUUCUCGGUACUAUGGAAGAGCCUGAUCAAGUCUUCCAUGAAAAUUUUAUGAACCUGACAACAAUGUCAGCAGAGUCAAAUAUGAACUCUUUCCACACUGAAACUACAAUUGACAAUAUGGUUUUAGAACCCAACACAGGAACUCUCGAACGUAUCAACAGAUUUGGUAUCGUGAUGGGCACCACUAAUUCAGACGCGUUAUCAAAUUGUUCACCGUGCAAUAUCAAACAGUUCGAUACGGCAGCUGAAGGCCUUGGACCGAGGCCUACUUGCAUCGCUGGCCAUUCUACCAUGGAGUCCAGUCUUCAAAACAAUGCAAUCUCUCCGCUCAGCCAGGCAUACGAAUGCACCCACGCUGUUGUUCCAGAAAUAUCUCAUCCUCUCGUGAUUGUGAAUCCUAAUAGCAGAAAAAGGCCCGUCGAGGAAGACACCGACCCUGGUCAAGCUGUUGUCCUGGCGUCUAAGAAGAGAAUUGAGGAACCUUGCAGUGAUGUAGCUUCAUUUGUAAAUGAAAAAACUAUUCCUGCGGGUGAAGCUUCCUCUGAAGGCAAAGAAAGACGUCCUGUAGCGACAACCUGGUGCAGGACUUGUGUCCGCGAACCGGCGGAAGAAGCUGCUCUUAAUGAACAGAAAAACGAAGUUGCGAUUGAAUAUUUGAAAUCCUGGGUAAAAAUUUUGUUUGAAGAAAACGAGUCCCUAAGUAAGGAUAGAGAAACGCAUAAGGGUGAUAUCAGCAAGAAGAAAAACAAGAGUUCGUCGCAACUUCAGAAAAUGGAGAAUGAGCUUGAAAGAGAAAACGCAGAAUUAAGAACCAUGGUCAAAACGAUGUCAAGUGAGGUUAAGUCUUUGAGGAAGCGUUUACAUAUCAGUUCAGAGGUCAGUGUUAUUACAACAAAAAAUAAUUGACAGAAAUUUCUUUGUAAAAUAACCAUUUGUUUCUCUAUAGCAUAACAACAUAUAAAAUAAGCAUAGAAUAGAAUAAAAUAAGACAUCGUCAGCUUGAUUAAAGCGACACUAGCAAUACUAUAUAUAAAGCUAGGAGCUGAUUUGAGAGAUUUCCAGAGUGAUAUAAGGGUCUGGUCAUAAAGUAACUGAUAGUAUACGUUGGGAGGAAACGUAUUCAUUUAGAUACGGCAGGUACGUCUAUUAGUUCGUUUCUCCGUCUUUCUCCGUCUAUUAAUACUACAAAUAUAUUAUACAAGUUAUUCAGUAAAAACCUGCAUUGGAAUUGACAUUAAAAGGCGAAUGACGCAUGGAAAAUAUUAUUGAUGCAUGGAAAAUGGCUAGGAUAACACCAAUUUUUAAAUCUGAAAACAGACAAAAGUGUGACAAUUACUUACCUAUCUCAAUUCUACCGAUAAUAAGUAAGAUAUUUGAGAAGGAAAUUUUUGAUCAGUUAUAUGACCAUUUAUCUCAAAAUCUCUUGCUCUCCAAACAUCAAUCAGGUUUCCGGCUAAAUCACUCAACCAUGUGCGAUCAAUGGUUAGAGAAUAUGGACAAUGGCAUGCUAAAUGGCGUUGUUUUUCUUGAUAUCAGAAAAGCUUUUGAUUCAAUUGAUCACUCUAUUUUACUAAAAAAGAUGAAAACGCAAUUUGGAAUCCAUGGGGCUGAGCUAAAAUGGUUUGAAUCUUAUUUAACAAAGAGAGAAUAAGUGUGCCUUGUCAAUAGUCAGGUUUCGUCACCUAAACAAAUAAUAUGUGGAAUUCCACAGGGCUCAAUCCUUGGCCCGUUGCUAUUUUUAUUAUAUAUUAAUGAUAUGCCAAAGUGCCUAAAAUCUACAACUCCCUGUCUUUAUGCUGACGAUACUGUAAUUUCCGCAUCAUCACAUGACUAUGAUACUCUUGUCCAAAAUCUAAAUGAGGACUUAAAAAACUUGCAUAGUUGGCUUUUCAAAAAGAAGUUACAACACCACCCAACUAAAACCAAAUUGAUGUUUAUUGGAUCAUCGUAUAACCUUAAAAAUAAGGUUGGUGAAAAUGCUGUAAUUUUUGACGACAAACCAGUACCAAUUCAUUCUUUUGAAAGUUUAGGAGUAGAAAUUGAUGAAAAUCUAAGUUGGGUAAAACAUAUUGAUAAAAUAUGCAAGAAAGCAAGUUCUGGUAUCGGAGCUAUAAAGCGCGCUAAACCGUACGUCAACACCAAUACGUUACAAACUAUUUAUAAAGCACUGAUCCAGCCGCAUUUUGACUAUUGUUCUACCUUGUGGUCAAACUGCGGCAAAUUGCUCCAAGAUAAACUGCAGAAAUUUCAGUCCCGCGCAGCAAGGGUAAUAACUAGCGCCACCUACGAUGAAAGGUCACUAUAGAUAUUCUUAAUACCUUGUCCUUGUCCUGGGAAACACUCGAAAAUAGAAGGGAAAAAUCCAAGGCUGUAUUUAUGUACAAAGUGUUAAAUGGCUACGCCGCCUCAAGUCUAAAAGAAUCUUUCUGUAAAAAGAGUGUGAAACAAAAUACUUAUAAUCUUAGAAGUAGUGAAAAGGAUUUAAUUCUUCCAAAACCCAGAACGGAAUAUCUAAGAAGAAGUUUUAAGUACAGCGGCGCCAUGCUAUGGAACAACCUUUCACCUGCAGCUAAAUCGGCAGAUACUUUAAACUGCUUUAAACGAGAAAUAGCAGUAAACUAGUGGAAGAUGCUGUGCCACACGUGUCAAAUACGUUUAUGUAUUUUACAUUUUUAACUCUAUCUUUUUUUAAAGUACUUAUACUACAUUGUAUUAUUUGUGUGACGCCCCUCG